AUGGAAGAAAAAGGCCAAUCAAAAAAUAAGCGAGUAAUGGAGUCUCCUUACGACACUGAAUUGGAAUCUCUGGACGAAGAGAAGAGUACCUCGGUGUUGAAGUCCUUGUUGGGGGUUAUUAACACAGACCAGUCGCUCAAGUUAUUCAUAUUCAACCACGACGAAAUUGUAGACCACCUGGAACGUGAGGCACUACAGGCUAUAAUAGUUAUCCGGACUAUGCAGUAA